AUGACCAUUAUUCACGUUGUGCAGUUCCAGUUUAAGGAACUUGUCCCGCAGGAGGAAGUCAAGGCGAUAUGCGACUCGAUGCUGGCGCUCAAGGACAACUGUAUCCACCCAACGUCUAGCAAGCCGUACAUCAAGUCGGCCGUCGGCGGGGUGGACAACAGUCCCGAGGGCAUGUCGGACGACAUCACGCACGUGUUCGUGGUGGAGUUUGAGAGCGCGGAGGACAGGGACUACUACGUCCACAAGGACCCGGCGCACCAGGCUUUCAUCGCGGAGGUGGGCAAGGUGAUUUUGAAGGCGCGGGUGGUGGACUUUACGCCGGGUGUGUUUGGAGGGUGA